AUGGAUAUAGAGGAACCUCACUUUGAUGCAGAACCAGCGUUGAGAACCAUACUGGAGACUCCUGGCUCUCUCGACGGAAUAGACCAGUUGAUCCAGGCCACUAGAGCUGCCAAGUUUGUUCUCGAAGAUGACAUAGUCAAAGGCGUUGACGAGAGUCAUAGGCCCAAAGAACCAGUGUCUGUGACCUCUGGUGUGGUUUCCGAGUUUCAUCAGCUGCUUGUAGAAAUCGGUGAUAUUACUGCGCUUUCUCGAGAGACGGAAUCAGCCAUUUCGCAGCUCACGAAAGACAUCUCUCAUUUGGACAAUGCCAAGCGCAACUUAUCCCAAACGAUGGCUUUCUUCCAAAAUUUGGAGCAGCUCACAGAGUCCUACUUCCAAUGUCGCGCUCUUCUAGAGUCUAACAAUUUCAAGGACAUGAUACCGUCCUAUAAUGUCAUGAGUGGUCUUGUGGCAUACUUACAACAAUACAAAUCAGUGCAAGAAGUCGGCGACAUAGUAGCUAAGGUCACACGCCUGCAGUCACAAACUUUGAGUGAGGUGAAAAAGAUAUAUCAAGACCUCCUGAACACUCACUCUAUCGCAAAAAAGGGCGUCGACGAGUCCACGCUGAGAGAAGGCGCCUGUGCCUUGUUGGAAACCAACUCUGGUGCCAAAACGGACUUGAUAGAUUGGGUGGUCAAUAAGCUUCUAUAUGAGGUAUCUGAAAUUUUCCAAGUGGACGAUGAAGCUGGCUCCUUAGAGAAUUUGUCUAGACGUUACGUUUAUUUCAAAAAAGUACUGAACGGUUUUAACUCUGAAUUUGCCCAGAGCUUCCCUAAAGACUGGGACCUCCCGAUAAAGCUGACUGCUAAAUUUUACAGCAUUACUAGGAAAGAUCUGAGCAUUUUACUGCAGCGAGAACUCAAGGAUAAUCCUUCAAUUGAUACAUUCAUGGGUGCGCUGCAAACAACCCUGGAGUUCGAAAAAUACAUUGAUGUAAAGUUUUCCAAUCGCUUGAACGCAGAAGCUGGGUUUGAACGCAUCUCCAAGUCCUUUGAGCCAUAUCUGGUGCUGUGGAUUCAGCAUCAAGACUCCCUCAUGAAUUCAAAAAUUCUCAGCUACAUGGCUGAAAACAAAAUCACUCAGUCAUCGGACUCGUUAGUUCUUCCAUCCAGUGCCGAUCUUUUCAGAAGGUAUAGGUCUCUUCUUUCACAGACGCUUGACCUAAUUCAAAGCGGUAGCGGCAGAGAUCAAAUGUUACGCGAGCUGGCUACUUUCUUCAACAAUUGGCUCACGACUUAUUUGGAAAAAAUACUGAGGCCGCUGUUGAUCGCGCCGAAUGUGAAGAUUGAAAACAAAGAAGAAGCGAUGACAUACACACUGCUACUUCUUAACACUGCCGAUUACUGCACUACAACGAUUAGACAAUUGGAAGAAAAGUUGAUUGAGUAUCUAUCAGACAAUAAAAGCUUGGAUGAGCCAUUUGAAAAAGUGCAGGCGCAAUACGGAAGCAUCAUUUCGAGCGCUAUGGAUGUGUUACUCAAUUCUCUAAUCGCACCAGAUAUAGCAUUCGCGUGGAGGGAAUUCGAUAACACAGAUUGGAGGAACGUGCAAGUCGAAGAUUACAGUAGAUACACAUUCACACUGAAGGAGCUCUUCAGAAAUGAACAGUCGAUUAUGCGAAAGAUUAUACCUCGUUUCAACAGGGAGCUAUACAGUUGGAGUUUCAUGGGGAAGGUUAUUGAAUUGACUUGUGACGGCUUUAUGGGUUGUAUCGUGCGGCUUUUGAAGCCAAGGCCGCCAUUUGCAAACCUCAAUAAUCCCCGCAGUUUACAAAUUUCCCAGGUUAUAAGCAUCGGCGAGCAAUUACAGCUGGACACUGAAUGUCUGAGGCAAGCUCUGGCUUCAUGGGCGGAUGACUUAGCAGAUUUGAUCAACGGGAAUGCAGCAUCGUCCAAAAGAAUCAAAAAACACAUCGAGAAAAGCUUUGAGCAACUGGUAACAUUCCUCAAAUUGUUAACCGUGCCGUUGGACGACCCCGAAACAUAUCAGGACAAUUAUGCUGCCAUUACAGAAAACAAUGAAAAUGUCAUUUCGUGGUGUUUCGUCUUGGCACUCAAAGGCCUGCCGUGGGAGCUUGCGAGAUGGAAAGCGCUAUAUGCCGCGUUCCGGCGUGCUGACAAUGGAGCAGAAAAGUCUUUGCUUCCUGUGCUUUUGAGGUGUGAAUCUACGGUUCUCCAAUUUCAGUACGAUUUGACCAGCGCCAACGAACCGGCAUGGCAGAAAUUUAUUCGAGGCGAUUUGGAUUUAAAGCCAGUAACGAGCAAAAAACCCACUUCGGCUUCAAACGGAAGAUCAUUGUCGCCAACGCCCCGACUUGUAUCGAGCAAGCUGAAUGGUAAUAUAAAAAACCUCAUGUCAGGUACCGGCUUUUUCCACAGAGGAUAG